AUGUACACAGCGAUCCGUUUUAAAGAAUAUGCCAACACAGAUGUCACCAUUCGAGGUCUCGACGCCCAUCCCCGAAGAUUGUCGUUUUUGUCACUCAAACUAUCGAUAUUAUUAAUGAUAUAUUCCUUUCUUUCAAUCCUUGUCGAAGAUCGUCGCCGAAGCGUACUUUUUCACAAGAAACGGGACUCUGGAUGGUCUUUUGUCGAUAUAACUCAACCACCUGGUGACUCACAUUUGGUUUUUCAGUUCAAUGAGUUGCGAAAUGCAAUUGAAAGAGAUCAUGCUACCGCUGGAUCAGCUGUUCUUACAUUCAUGGUCAAGUUCAAUAUCCUUUACUCAGCCACCCCUAGGUACCUCAGGGACAGUUUUUUGACAUAUGGGAAACAAGCUUCUGGUUCUGAUGUUUUCUAUAAGCUUCGGGAAUGGCGGCAGAGUCGGUCCAGCAGGUCGGCAAUUUGGCAUGCAGGUCAGCUCCUCAGGGCUUGCAGAAUGAUCGCGCCAACCGAGCGGACGGACUUUCAUUUGUUUGGUGUUUAUCAUGCCAUAUUGUGCCUCUGGACAUAUUGGACUGCUACUAGAAAAAGUUCACUAGACAUGACUAGUACCAGCAGACAAACAGUUAGCUGGCCCCGAGUUCUACUGGAUGGACCUGAGUCGCUAGAGACUCAGCGAUGGAUUAACCACAACGACGGCACCCCUUAUCUGACGAGGCCACCUAAAUCGGACCCUCUAUGUGAUAAAAACCCUAAACUGGUCUCAGUUGACGCUACUGAGUCGGAGGGUACUUUUUCUAAACUUCCUUUAGUGGAUAUCCUCAACGAGUGCUUCCUACAAAAGGAAGCAGGAAGAAACAUUCCUAUUCUGCAGCAUGCUUCACUUAUUCUACGCAGCUUAGAAAGGUUAUGA